AUGAGAGACGAGGCCCCGCUCCAUCACCCGGCGCUUGACGAUGAGCGGAUCCAGCGUGCCGCCGUCGAGAUCUUCGGCUUGGUCGAGCAGAUAUGCGAGGAAGCCACGAGUGCCGGCAGGUUGCGCUUGGACACGGCCGCCGACUCAUCAGCGUCGCGCGACCCAUGUCUGAAGCCGAGCGGCGGUGGUGCCCGGCGCAAGCUGUCUUGGGCCAUGGGGGGCAGAUGGAGGCGCACGGAAAAGCUUGAGCUGUUCAAGGAGCUGGUGCAGACGCUGUACAACCUCGUGCCGCCAGACGACUACGACGCAGGCCGGCCAGUCGCCAGCGCCUGGUCAACCGAGUUUGGCCGGAUCAUGUCCCGUCUGGAGGCCUGGGCCCGCCAAGACGUCCACGCGUGGCUGCGUCACAUCCCGGGCGAACGAUAUCAUGACUCGUUACAGCGACGCCUGGAUGGCACCUGCGCCCCAGCAUCCCUAUGGCUUCAUGGACCUGCCGGCUUUGGCAAGACGAUCAUGUGCGCCAACAUGAUCCAACACCUCACUGCUACGCUCGCCACUCCCACGGCACACUUCUUCUUCUCGUCAGACGCAUCCAGCAGCCGCGACGACCCAUUUCUUGCCAUGCGAUCUUGGGUCUCUCAAGUUAUCUCGACCCACGAUGGGGCGUUCCAGCUGGCCCUGUGCUUGCUGAAGAACGGGAGGAACGACUCCCCUCAGCUUAGCAUCAAGCAGCAAAACAUCGAGGCAGUCAAGAUAUUGCUCCAGAAACAACGCCAGUGCCCUGAUGGCGAGCAGAGUAGACGCGUCUACGCUCUACCAAGCGUCAAGCUUCUUCUUGACAACCAUGCCGUCGCCACAAUCAACGACGCAACCACAGAGGAAGUCACUCCUCUUCACGUGGCGUGCAUGAACGGACACGCAGAUAUCGUGCGACUGCUGCUGCGCCAUGGAGCGGAUUCCUCCAGAAGAUGUAGCACACACCUGACGGCAUUCGGGCUGGCGGUGUACAACGGUUCCGCGGAGAUUGUUCGCAUGUUUCUCGAGUUUGGUGCCAGCGCGGAAGGCUCUGAUGAUGACGACUUCUUUCCUGUGCAUCUGGCUGCGCAAGCUGGCCACCUCGACUUGCUCCACCUGCUCAUCAGUCACGGGGCUGAUGUUUCUGCGAGGUCCAAGACAGGGCGAACGACUCUCUACUUGGCAGCCGCGGGCGGAGAGAUGGCCGUCGUCAAGACUCUGAUCGAGAUGGGUGUCGACGUGAACGCCCGAGACCAGUUUGGGCACACAGCCCUCGUGGCAUCGGCCGACAUUGGUCACUUGGAAACAGUGACGUAUCUGCUUGCGCACGGCGCCUGCUGUCAUGCUGUCAGUAAAAGAGGGGGCACGGCAUUGUCGGCGGCGGUGCGUUCGAAUAAUGCCAGCGUCGUAAGGGCGAUACUCCAGCACGGCAGCCCAUCUUCCUCGAGCGAGCGUCACGGGUGCCGUCAUGGAGAAAAGUCGGCAUCGGAUCAAGAUGUCGACGGGCUACACGGCACUUCGGACAUGCUCGUACUCGAACCGGCCCAGAUGAUCAACACCAUGAACACACACCAUGGCCGUGGCAACGCACCAGUUCAUCUCGCGGCGCACCACAACAGCUUGGAACUAUUCGAGCUAUUGCUGGAUCACGGAGCGGACAGAAUGCAAGCCGACGGAAUAACCGCCUUACAUACGAUUGUCCAGUUGAACUACCUGGACCUUGCCAAGUCUUUGUUGCGGCGUGGAGUCCAUGUUGAUGGUGGCAGGGUGCACAAGGCCAUUCAUUAUGCAGUAAUGGAAGGUCGAACAGAGAUGGUCAAGCUACUGCUCGACUCCGGGGUCAGCAUCGAAAGUACCGACGCAUUAGGAAACACGGCUCUGAGCUGGGCAGCAAAGAACGGCAAUCUGGACUUGAUUCGACUCCUUCUCGACCACGGAGUCGAUCACGCAGCCGCCAACGUGAACGGAACGACUGCGUUGCAUACCGUGUCGCAGAAUGGCCAUACAAAUUGUAUUGGGCUUCUCCUGGAUCACGGUGCGAAUCCCACAGCCGCCGAUUCUAUCGGAGUCACCCCGCUGCACUACGCGUCUAGGCACGGUCACCCAGACGCCGUCAGGUUGCUCCUGGAUGCCGGGGCUGCCGUCGAUGCCACCGGGACGGACGAAUGUCCCCAGACGCCACUGCAUACGGCGGUCAUCGCGGGCCGGGUCGACAUUGUGAAACUGCUUCUCGACAGAGGAGCGGAUGUCACGAGACGCCACGCCGAAGGGCCGUUGCCGUUGUACUCGGCAGCCUCGCAUGGCCAUCUCGAAGUGGCGCGGGCUCUGCUCGACGCGGGGGCGCAUGUCGGUGCUGCUGGAGGCCAUUCAGCGGCAGGCUGGCCCGCUCUUCUCGCUGCGGUGCAUUUCGAUCAUGAGGCCGUCGCGCGGCUGCUUCUCGAACGCGGCCUGGCGUAUUGCGACAGCUGCUUGCGAGACGUGCCUGACGGUUCGGGUGAAGAGUGCGCGCGCUGCGGCCAUGUUUUGUUUUAUCUGUGCGCCGAGUGCUUUGGAAGGGGUUGCGGAUGUAGACCCGAAGCACGAGUUUUGGCCUCCGACUCGGCGAAAAACAGAGGGCUUACGGAGGCUAUAGCAGGAAAGGGAGGUAUUAGGACCUCGCAGGCUUUAGGCGAAGAAACACUGCCAGAGGGUUGA